AUGACGAAUGCUUCGAUUGAAGUCGAUUUUUCUGACGAUAUAGAAACAGAUCAUCCGCGAUGUGUUCAUGGUCCAACAUUGUUAUUUCGUUCAUCAACCGAACGAUUUUUUGCUUGUUCAGCUUGUCGAGAUCGACAAGAAUGUGAUAUUUAUAUACCAUACGAAAAACGAUCAAGUAAAGCAUCGAAGAGGAUCAUCAAACAACAUGCGAUUGAAUACAAGCGUUUCAAAGAACACAUACAAACAAUACAAAAGAAUCGAGUCAAAUUCAGCAAACAAUCUCAUAUUCACUAUUGUUCUACUUGUUCUCUUCUAUUUCUCGAAGUCAAUCAAUCUGAACAUGCUGAUCAUGAUUAUUCCGAAUCAUUAACUCGUCGGCAAUAUCACCAACCGUGUCGAUAUCUUCUUCAACCACUUGAGAAAAAACGUACCAAUGCUCAGUUUUUCUUCUCGCAAACAUUUAUCGACUAUUUCAUUACUAAACUUCUCAGUCAAGGUUCAUGGGAUAGCAUCAUUUGCAUUGGUUGUCCGACGAUUUUUGAAAAUCUUAAUCGUCCCGAGCAUAAAAACAAAUUUCGAACUUAUUUACUCGAUUACGAUCAUCGACUUUGUUCGUUUUAUUCCAGCAAGCGAAUGCUAAUCUAUAACAUGUUCAAUGGCCAUAUAUUUUCGAAGACGAAAUUCUUUUAUGGACAAUUUUUAUUCAACACCAAAAAUUGUUUAAUCGUUAUCGAUCCGCCAUUCGGUGGUUUUCAUCGUGCAUUAGCUUAUUCAAUUGACAAACUCGUCUCAUCUCGAAAUAUCACACACAAUCUUAUACUUUUCAAUCCAUACUUUCUCGAAAAAUGGAUCUCUGAUGCAUUUCCAAGUUUGAAAAUGUUAGAUUACAAAGUUGAAUACACAUCCAAUUCAUCUCUACAUCUCUGUCGUGGAAAGAAAGGAUCGCCUGUCCGAAUGUUCACUGAUAUUUGUCCGUCGAAAUGUCCGCCGUUGGAUGAUGUUAAUUAUAAAUAUUGUUUUGAAUGUAAUCGAUACACACUACUUACCAAUCAACAUUGUUUUCAAUGUCAAUCGUGCACGUCGAAAGAUGGUUUACCGUAUAAACAUUGUUUAUUAUGUCAACGAUGUGUGAAAAGUGAAAGAGUACAUUGUAUGAAAUGCAAUGUAUGUCAUUUAAAAGAUCAAUGUAUGACUGAAACAACCAAACGCACGUGUCAAAUGUCAGAUAAGGAAGAAAAUCGAAAAAAAUUUAAAAAUAAAUAA